AUGCUCAAGGAUGACUUCCUCGCCGACGCCGUCGCCGGCUUCAAUGAAACACCAGCCCGUGGCCCCUACACCCUCGCCAUGGCCAAUCUGGCCCUUUUCCUCUCUCUACCCCUCAUCACUCCCAACAGCAUCCUUCCUACCCCCGCGUACCGCGACGACCCCACCCUAAUCGCCGGCUACGAGCAUCAGCUCCUCGUCCUCGCCGACCUCCUUGAGAACCCCGAGGCCCCCAGCCUAGAGAGCCCCUACGCAACAGCCGGGACCUCGAUCCCUUCUUUCCUCCUCCACCCGCUGAGCCGCGGCACCGUCAGGCUCGAUCCGGCGAAGCCCCUCGACCAGCCCAUCGUGGAUUACCGCACGGCGUCCAACCCCGUCGACUUGGACCUGCACCUCGCGCACGUCAAGUACCUCCGCGGCGUCUUUGACACGCCGACCGUGCAGCAAUAUAAGCCCGUGGUGACGGUGCCCGCGGAUGACGUGACGUCCGACGACGACCUCAUCCAGUUCAUCAAGGAAACCAUGGUGUUCUCUUAUAUGCAUCCGUGCUGCACGGCGGCCAUGCUGCCGAGGGAGAAGGGCGGUGUUGUGGGGACGGACCUUAGGGUACAUGGUGCAAAGGGCCUGAGGGUGGCUGAUAUCAGUGUCUUGCCUAUCCUUCCGAGCUCGCACACCAGUGCGCAGGCCUACGCUAUUGGCGAAAAGGUGAAUCAAGAGACCCGCUUCCAAUAA